CCUGCGGAGUGCCCCCCGCGGAGCGUGACGCAGCCGAGGCGAUGUCGGUCGGCAGCGGAGAAGAAGCGGCAGCUCGGGACCUCCAUGACGUCGAGAUGCCCCACAUGUUUGCAGGCCACCGGCGCACAGCAGACAGCCUCUCGCAGCUCACCGAGAUCAUGGUCUCCCACGGCAACGACGACGAGAGGGCCAAGAAAGUACGUGGAGCGGCGGCAGUGGUGCAGGUCGAGAGCCUCAAGCAGGGGCUCGGCGCUUCCCAGCGGCUCGGCGAGCUGCUGAUCUCCGACAGUGCAGCAGGUACGCUAGCAAUGGGCACAGCCGACGACGCCAUCGGGACCCUGAUUGAGGACUUGGACAAGUCCAUCGAUUCGGAGAGGAGCAAAAGCAAUCUGGCGGCCUCUAAGGCCUGGGCUUCCUGGGUGCAGACCUCACUACAAGGCGGCGUUGGCUGGGCGCAUCGCUGGUCGCGCAAUCUCGAG